AAGUGAUCCUGUCACGGCUGAAGCUAGCUUCCACAAGUGGAAUGCCGCUUUCUGAAUUGUGUGACCAUUCCCAUUUUUUUUUAAAUAUCAUCUCUGCAGGAACAGUUUGCCCUGUUAUAGACACGUGAUCAAUGACGGCUUUGAUCAGCCAUGGCUGUCGUGUCAUGGAAGGAGAUUUUACUCUUGACUGGACUGGUGGUGGGAUGUUACUGGAACAGUCUGUCAUGUGGUUUUGUGUUUGAUGAUGUCUCCGCAAUCCUUGACAACAAGGACCUACGGCCCUCAACCCCUCUUCGUAACCUAUUCCUCAAUGACUUCUGGGGAACGCCCAUGGCUGAGGAGCGGAGCCAUAAAUCUUACCGACCCUUGACUGUACUCACCUUCCGACUGAACUACCUCUUCAGUGAGCUGAGCGCAUCGUCCUACCAUAUGCUCAAUGUUGUGUUACAUGCUGUAGUGUGUGUGCUUUUCCUGCGAGUGUGCCGGCUCUUCCUCGACAAGAAUUCCAGCUUGGUGGCGGCGUUGCUGUUUGCUGUGCACCCCAUCCACACUGAAGCUGUCACAGGCGUGGUUGGCAGAGCUGAACUUCUUUCUUCAAUAUUCCUCCUGGCUGCUUUCUUGGCCUACACAAAAUCAACAGGUGCAGACCACACCAUUGUUUGGCCUCCCAUUGCUCUGACCGUUGUUCUAGUGGCGGCAGCAACACUGUGUAAAGAGCAGGGAAUCACUGUUGUCGGCAUCUGCUGUGUCCAUGAAGUGUUCGUUGCACAAGGGUUUACCUUGCCCAUGCUAUUGGACACACUGCGGCAAGUCCUGCAGGGUAAAGACGGUUUCCCUUACGCAGUCCUGCAAACUCUGCUGAAGCUCAUCGUCCUCGUCAUCAGCACCCUGCUGCUCGUCAUCGUCAGGGUCCAAGUCAUCCAGUCCCAGCUUCCUGUCUUUACCAGAUUUGAUAACCCGGCAGCAGUCAGCCCUACCCCCACUAGACAACUGACAUUCAACUACCUUCUUCCUGUGAAUGCAUGGCUUCUGCUGAAUCCCUCUGAGCUCUGCUGCGACUGGACUAUGGGCACCAUCCCUCUGGUGGAGUCACUCCUGGACCUUCGUAACAUGGCCACCCUGUUGUUCUACACUUUUCUGGGCCUGCUAGCUUACCACAGCCUGCGCUACAGACACAGCUCUGCCAAGACUGUCAUCAUGGCCCUGUCUUUGAUCGUCCUGCCUUUUAUUCCUGCGUCCAACCUCUUCUUCCCUGUGGGUUUUGUUGUGGCAGAGAGGGUACUUUACGUACCAAGCAUGGGCUUUUGUGUUCUCAUUGCACAUGGAUUCAAGAUUGUCUCACAUAAAGGACACUUGAAAAAGAUUUCCUGGUUGAUAAUCGGGGUGCUUUUAACUACACAUGCAGUGAAAACCUUCAAAAGGAAUUGGGACUGGGAGUCAGAAUACACUCUGUUCACUUCUGCCCUGAAGGUCAACAAGAAUAAUGCCAAGUUGUGGAACAAUGUUGGCCACGCUCUAGAGAACCAAAACAAUUAUGCAAAGGCACUGCAGUACUUCCUCCAGGCCACUCGUGUCCAGCCAGAUGACAUCGGCGCACACAUGAACGUUGGAAGAACGUACAAGAACUUGAAUAAGUCCAAAGAGGCAGAAGAUGCCUACCUGGUUGCCAAAUCCCUGAUGCCACAGGUCAUUCCCGGAAAGAAGUACGCGACACGUGUGGCCCCUAACCAUCUGAACGUUUACAUAAACCUGGCCAAUCUGAUCCGGGCCAACGAAUCAAGGCUGGAGGAGGCCGAUCAGCUCUACCGACAAGCAAUCAGCAUGAGACCAGACUUCAAACAAGCCUACAUCAGCAGAGGGGAGCUCCUGCUAAAGAUGAACAAGCUCACAGAAGCCCGGGAUGCUUACCUCCGAGCCUUGGAGCUUGACCGCACCAACGCUGACCUGUGGUACAACCUGGCCAUUGUCAACAUCGAAAUGAAGGACCCGACAGAGGCCCUGAAAAACUUCAACCAUGCUCUGGAGCUCAACCCUCGCCACAAGCUGGCACUCUUCAACUCAGCACUUCUCAUGCAGGAGUCCGGUGAGCCAAAGUUCUGGCCAGAGGCCAACCGUCGUUUCCUGAACUACGUGGAGGAGGAGCCAGAAGAUGCCAACGGCUACUUUAACCUGGGCAUGUUGGCCAUGGAUGCCAACGAAAACGCGGCAGCUGAGCGGUGGAUGCGUAAAGCCAUUGGUUUGCAGGCAGGCUUCCGCAGUGCCCUGUUUAACCUGGCACUGCUUUACUCUCAGUCCAAACGCGAGAUUGACGCACUGCCUGUGUUAGACGAGCUGCUGCACCACCACCCAGAGCACAUCAAGGGCCUGAUCCUGAAGGGCGACAUCCUCAUGAAUCACAAGAAGGACACGCGCGGUGCCAAAGCGUGCUUCGAGCGCAUCUUGCACAUGGACCCCACCAAUGUGCAAGGCAAGCACAACCUGUGUGUGGUAUACUUCGAGGAGCGCGACUUGCCGCGGGCCGAGCGCUGCUUGGAGGAAACACUGGCCCUGGCACCAAACGAGGAGUACGUGCGUCGUCACCUGAGCAUCGUGCGAGGUAAAAUAGCAGCCAUGAGUGCGGCGGGGCAACCGCUCACUUCAGCAGGGGGAGCCACCAUGGCUGCUAAGGAAGAAAAGCCGAAGAGAGUUAAGGUGGAGGUUGCCGAGGGCGAGGAGGAAGGGAGGGGUGCUGAUGCUGUUGGAAAGGGGGCUGGGGAUGAGAAGAAUGUGCGGAAAUCCUCUGCAGAAAGCCUCGGCGGUGCAGGCGUGGACCAAUCUGAGUCUUUGGACAGCAGCCAGUCUAACAAGCGGACUAAGGGUAAGUCCACUAAAGAGAUUAAAGAUAUAGAGGAAAAAAGGGCAGCGGCCUUAAAGAGACUAGAGGAGAUUGAGCGCAUAUUAAGCGGCGAUUGACAUUGUUGUAAUUUAUAGCUGGACUACUUUUAUAGAGCUCUUUAAUGCUCCACGAUAAGACUGCAUUUUCUCCUUCCCUUAGACGUGUAUUCUUAAUCAAUUGUCAUUUUACCCCUUUGAUUUAUUCACGUGUUUUGCAGGCCGCUCUGCUGUUUCUGACACUAGUCAUGUAAAGAAGGGAAAUGUUGUUGCCGCUCAUGUAACAAUAAGCACAAAGCCAGUUUGGGGAAAACUCUAUUUAAAGCUUGUACGGCGGAUGUAGAUGCCAAUGUGUGUGCUUCAUCUGAAUGUGACUUCACAUAUCGUAGAUCUACAGUAGCUCUAAAUAUUUUCAUUGUUUAUCACUGGAUUUUUUUCUUUUUUUUUUCUUGCCACUAAGAUGUGACUCACUUGUGUGUUAUUGUUUUUAAAAACAGAAUGAUUGUAUCACGGACAAUUAAAGGAAAUGACACGUUCCCCAGAAUUUCCUCAAGGCAGGAUGAUAUCUGCAGAGUUUGCACCUCAAAAUAACCCAGAGAGCAGAAUAACCCUCCACUCUACAUCGACACCAUCGCGGCAACCAUCUUCUAAUCUUUAUUGAUCUCACUCAGCACUUCCUGCCACUACAUCAUCGGCCUCAGCACUCACAGCUGCCUUCACCUCCAAAUUUCAUUGUGAUCCUAUCUAGAGACUGUUAUUUCAUUCCCUUUGUCACAUUAGCCUCAAACAUCUCCACGCCUGUCUCCCUCAGACACUACAUUAAAGGCGAAAUGUUUCCGCCGCCUUUUCUUGCUAAACGUACCAUGGACACAUGGCUUUGACCCUAGCAGCACCCGUUUUAUGUGGCGGUCAACGAUGACGCACACUCAUCGUCAAGCGUCAGGCUUUCAUCAUGUGUUCUUCAUUUUUUUCAACGUUCCUUCCAUUUCACAGGGGGAAUUUUCACAGCACAUUACCAGAAAAACAGACUUCCUUCAUCUUGCUCCACAGUGAUUAUGUUACGUACUGGCACUAAAAUAUAAUUGGGAUGCUCCACAUUUUCAAGUUUUUUUUGUAGUAGCCCUUUGUAUUCACUUUCUCUGACUAUUUCAGCUGUUAUCGCUGAAUUGAUAAAUAGUCUCUCUUAAAGAGCUGUGGGUGAGUUCGCAAAUUAAAACUUGAAAAAAAAUUCAGGAAAGCACAAAAUCUCUCCUGCUCCUGUUUCCUCGGGCAAUUUCUCUUCCAGUCACUAUACUACUAUACUGAACCCCGGCGCCUGACUGGCUGUUUUCCAGAAGGUCUGAUGAUUUAAACAAUCCUCUGCUCUGAUUGAGAGAACUUCAGGAAACAAGAGGCCAAUAUGUGCUCAUCACAAAACACCUUUGUCACUGCACAAAUGGUUAACGGCUUCAGAUGGGGGGGGGGCGGGGAGGUGAACACGAGCUGACCUGUGAUUGUAGCUAUGGGGCAGGUCAGCAGUGUUCAGUUCAUCACGCUUGUUACACAGCAAAUGAAAUACAUCUGUUAGAAAUAUUCUUCCUUUCGUGAGCCGAUGUCUUCAGAGCUCCCAUCAUGUUCCUGUUUUGCGCUUCACUGUGCAAUAAUUGGUUUCAGCGCGACAACUCUGCUCAGUGCAAUUGUUGAUAGUGGAGGGAGACUGAUUACUGUAAGUUGGGAGCACUGUGGUGGUACUAAGGAGCCUUGCUAUGCAUUGACCUUGUUUAUCCCUGAAACUUUAUGUACAUAAUAUUUACAGUGUACGUGUAUCCAGUGUUAUUUAUUUUUCUAUGCACUGCAAAUGCUGUAGAUGUUUUAGUUUACCACUGACAGUAUGCUUUAAAUUUAUGGUGCAUUAUUUUGUUUUAUUUUAUCUUCAGUUGGUGUACUGUCACUUCUAAAACGUGUCAACGGAGCCUGUGUCAGUGUUAAACACAUGUAUGAAAUAUCAAAUGUCUGCCCCCAAAAUAUAGGUACAGCUUUGACUGAGGAAGCAUUUUUUUUGUACGAUUCUUUUUUAUGCAAUAACCCUUGGUGGUUGGGGUCAAGGUUAUUAAAUAAAGUGAGAUUAUGAAAACUCAAA